GAACAGAACGAUUCUACUUUCCUCUCUUAUUUUCUCCCAUUUUAGUGAGCUUUCCAGUAUAGUGUAGAGUUCGCUGGGAGUGACAGAUACGUGUUUUUUUAAUCUUAUUGCUCCCAGUUACAGAAGUCGAUAGGAUACGCGUGCGUACAUUUGUUGUAUAUAUAUCAAACAUAUACAUAACUAUUUGCUUAUUUGCAAUGGAAACGUCACGAUGUAUUGAAAAGAAAAUCCUAAGGAUUAUAUAGUUUAUUGAUCCCCGUAAGCCAUUUUUUCCAUCUAUCUCUGUUUAUUCUUAUGCAAAGUUGGAAUAAUGGCAACACCAAUGUGUGAAGAUGGUGGACCAUUAAGGGAAUGGGCACCACUUUCAACACUCUUACAACAGAUACCUGCUAGAAUACAAACUGGUAUUUUUACACAAGAUGUCAGUUUUACUUGCAUUGCUGCACUUACCGAGUUUAUUGCUAUUGGAACUAAUCGUGGGCUUGUCUACUGGUAUAAUAGAGAGAAACAGGAUCUACAAAGGCUUCGUUGUGAAAAUGCAUAUUCCAAGAUCACGUGUGUGCAAGUAAUAUCCACUGUUGAUUAUAUGGUUGCUGCUGGAAAUGAACAUGGAGUAAUUACAGUUUUUCAAAUUCCCAAAAGUCCACCAGAUACAUUACCAGAUAGUUUAAAACCGAAACAAAAGAAACAGGUUGAAAGAUACAGUAUAAACGGUUUACAUAAAAAUGCAGUAACAGCAGUUGAAUGGUCUAAAAAUGGUAUGAAAUUAUUUAGUGGAGAUCAAGAUGGUCUAGUAGUUUUAACAGAGAUUGAUUUUUAUAUGCAUUUAUCGAAGUCAUCGCAGUUAUUAAAUGAAAAAUAUUCAGUGGUACAGUUGAGUUACCAACAAGGCUUGCUAUUGGUUUCAACUACAUUACGUACAAUUUUAGUGAAUAGAAAUGAAAAUGGAAGAAUAAUACAAGUUGGCCAGAAAGAACGUAAAACAUUAGGUAAAUUAGGUGCGGUAUUUGGUUAUCGGCAGAAUUAUGUUCAAGAACCGGUUAUUUAUGCUAGUAGACCAGGCUUGCGAUUAUGGCAAGCUGAUAAAGUUGGAACUGUAUUGAAAACACUCAUAUUCAAGGACGCAGUUAGAUCCGGUCAUACAGAAGUGGAGUUAUUAAAUCCUGCGCCCGAAGGAUUGAGAAAAAAUCGCGGUGAACCUUCUUUCGGCAUUGUAUUACCAUUUUGUGAUGAUUUAAUAGUAACUUACAGUGAUGAUGUAAUUUAUGUGGUAAAUCCAAACACUAUUGCAAUAUCAUCAGUGGUGACUGAUUUGCGGCGCGUUACCGAUGUAGCUUGUACUAAAGACGAGAUAUUUAUAUUGGAAGGAGAAAGAAAUAUCUUGCGUAUCGCUCAUUAUCCAGAAGAUAAUACUUUCAUAUCGGGAGAAACAAGAAGCACAAUGGAUCCUUUGUCGUCGUUUGCAGAAUAUAGCAAACCCGUCGCUACUGGCUUAUUAGAACUAACUUCAAAAUUAAAGGAGAGUACUGUAAUGCCAGCUAUUCCUUUUCAUAAAAUUAAUUCAACCAAUAUUAUUCAAACUGUAGACAUUGUACCAGUUACUGACAACAAUGCAGUUAUUAGCGCAGAAGAAGCUGUGGAAAUACCCCCGAUAGUUCCGUUAGAUUUAAAUAUUCCACUUCUAACGCAUAUUAACACAAUAUUAGAACAUAAAGAUAAAAGGAAAAAUAUGCAGGAUGAAAAGAGCAAUGAUCGUCGAGAAUUAUUCCGAAGAAUCGGUCAGCAGGAAUUUGAAGACGUUGUUUUCACACCUAAAAGGAAACAGAGAAAAUCCCAUAGUAAAACGGCAAACGAAAAUAGUAGUCACAUCGUAUCGACAUCCAUCGCUAAUCAUUCGUCGAGUAAUUCAAGUGCUAAUAACACAAAUGCCAACGAAGCAAUGACGACGACCCAUUCUUCAUUAUUGUCAUUGAGUAUAGAUGACAAUCGUGUAAUAAAAUCAGAUCGUGAUCUGGAAAGAAUUCAACGAGAUGUAGAAAAUAAGGAAAAACUAUUAGCCAAUAUUCUCGAUUUUGAUUCAAUCUUAUCCAAGUAUAUGAAGAGUAGUCAAAUAGACAAUGGUGAUUCGAAUAUACCUAAUCGUAUGGAUACCAUAACGUACAUCAAUUGUAACGUACAUCCUAACUAUAUGAUGAAUGAAGAACAGAGUGCGAAUGAGAAAAAGGAAUAUGCCGAACAAAGUGAUCAUACUGAAACUGAAUCGGGGGAGGAAGACGUUAGUUAUCGUACCGAAUUAAAAAGACUGGAAGAUCUUGGUGAAUGUAGAAAGACACUUUUACAAAGUAAGGUGGACGAUACCACAUCAACUGGUAACAGUUUCGUUAAUUUUCGACAAGUGCAACCAGUAGAUCGCCAUGAAUUAGAAGUCCAAUUCAAUGCUUUGGCAAAGGAAUCUGCUGCCACAUCUGCUGUUCCUGAAGAGGAAGAAGAAGAUUGGGUCUUAGUUAAAGACGAUAUACCAACAUUUCACAAUGUUUUAAUAUAGAAUUCUACACAAAAGUUGCCUUCUUUCUUACAUAUUGCAAUCGAUAUAUGUGUACAAAGUAAUAAUUUGAUAAUUAUGUGAUACGCAACAGUGACUUUGUUAACUUUUAUUUCUUUUUUUUUUUAUUUUCUUUAUUAUAAAUUGACGAUAUUAUAAAUUAUUAAGCGAAAUAGACAUGUUUAAAAUAAGUACAGUUUAAAAAAUAAUAUUGAUAUUAAGAACGUAAAAUAGAUUACAAGAUAAUACACAUUUAUUCUUUAAGAAAGAAAAAGUUGAGUUACUUUCUAGCAAAUAAAAUUAUAUAUUUAUAAUUACUGAUAU